GUGACGCCACCGGAAACAGCAGUGUGACAGAUGUGUUUAGCUUUAGCAUUAGCUCAGUUUGGAAUGAUUUUUUACUGAUUCUUCUGCUCUUUUGUGAAUUAAAAUAUAAAAUGGCGUCAUCGGAGGAAAAACAUGGCAUUAAGAGAGCCGCAUCUCCCCCGCAGGAUGGAGCGUCUCAGUGGGACUCUGCAGAUUUGGGAAGUGACGAAAGAAAACAGAAGUUUCUCCGACUCAUGGGAGCCAGCAAGAAGGAGCCCACGGGUCGCCUGGUUAUCGGAGAUCAUAAGUCCACGUCCCACUUUCGCACAGGUCAGGAAGACAAACGCAUGAACCGAGAGCUAGAGGACCAGUUUCAACAAGGACUUGACGGAAAACUGUCCGGACGAAACCGACGCCAUUGCGGCCUCGGAUUCAGCGAGCCUGAACCUCCUGCUCCUUCAGAGGCCGAAUCCACAAAACCCCCUGAGACGCCCAGAGACCAGGACUCCCAAAAACCGGACUCAGAACCUGAAUCAGACGCUAGACCCAAGUCCAGUCCGGAGACCAGACCUGAAACAAAACCAGAGUCCAGACCUGAGUCCGAGUCCCAGACGAGAUCAGACCAGCGCAAAGCCUUCAAAAUGAACUUUGUGAAAUCCACGUAAAGUCACUGUUAUAUUUGUACUUUCAGGAAAAAAGUGUUAAACGUGUCGACAUGGAACUAUCUACAGGGGGGAGACAAAAGUGACUGAAACAUCAUGUCACUAUUAAACUAUAAAUAAAUACUCCAGGUUUUAAAUAAAUCUGUCACAGACUGGGCUCAUGUUUGCAGGUUGUAGAGGGUUUUUUGUUUUUUUAAAUAAAGUCCUAGGAAAUAAAAACUGUUCUGUGUCUGUAUGGUACAAAUAGGGAUGGUCCGAUUCAAAUCAAACUGAAAUGUAAAUGAGGCUCUGCAGAUGAUUUCAUGAGUUUUAUUUAUAUUAAACUGUGAGUGAACAAAAACACAGUGACAGUGUUAGACUUUAGCUCGGUCAGUCCCAAAACAGAGCAUAAAAGUAUAAAUUAUUAUUAAAAUCAGACUUUUAUUAAGUGUUCAUCAACUAAAUAAAUCUUUAUUAAACACAUA